CCCCCUGCCUCCGUCCGCCGCCUCCCUCUUCUCGGUUCCCAACCUCUGUUUCCCCAAAGGAUUAUUAGGGUUAGGGGGUUUGAUGGAGACACCUCUUGUGGCGGAGCCAUUGCGGAUCCCCGGCCUCGUCGCCCGACUCCUCUCCGACCUCACCGGCGCUUGGGCCUCCCUCGCCCUCCUCGUCGCCGGAUUCGCCGCCUUCCUCAGCGUCCUCGGCCGGGCAAAGCUCGCCUUCCUCAGGUACGGGAGGCCCAGAUCGUCCACCUCUCCCCCCGCCUGCUAUUGCUCCUCCGGGGAAGACUCCGACUCCGACUCCGACUCCGACUCGCCGUCUGAUGAGGAUGAGAAGGAGGAGGAGGAGGAGGAUGAGGCGCCCUCGUCAUCGUCCGACGAGCAUGACUCCGCGCCCGGAAGUUACUGGGACGACCGGGGGCGGGACGGUGGUCUGGAUCUGACCUUGGGUGGCGCUGUGGUGAGGACGUGGGAGGGGCUGGGGAUAGGGUUCGAUCGCGCCGGCGGCCUGAUCUCGCUCAUGGACCUGGACCGCGGGGAGGUGCUGAGGUCGUUCCACGCCGAGUUCCCCGCCGCCGCGGCCAGCCUGGCGACGCCCGCGGUGGUUGUAUCGGCCGCGGAGGGCGCGGGGGCAGGUGGGGCGGCGGUGACCGUGUGGGACGCAAGGUCGGCGGGGCAGCUGACCCCAGCGGCCGCCGCCGAGUGGUGGCCCAUCCUGAGGCGGAGGGUGGUGGGCGUCGCCGGCUUGGACGGGCGGGUGUUCGUGGGCGACGACGGCGGAGUGAUAACGGCCGCGGAUUUGAGGAGGGGCCGAUCGCCGCUGGUGGUCGAGACAUGGCGUGAAAGGCGAUUGCCACUUUUGCCCUCGCCCAAAUGACCGAAUGACCAAAACCCGUGUACAAAAUUUGUUGUCCGUCCGAUUCCGAUCGGUUUGAACUUGUAAUUAAUCUCAUCAAAUCGAUCCGGUCUAAUCGCCAAAUCGGUUUGAUGGCAAUUGAUAGUUGUUUUCCUUGUUCGAGACUCCUUCCAAAGCAGUAUCAUCCCUGGCAAUAUAACCUUGACGCAGUUUAAUGGGGAUUAAUUUGAUCAUUGAUUGAUUAAUAAAGACGAUUUCCAUUUAUAA